AUGCAAUGUUCUUGGAAGGCUGUCCUCCUACUUGCUUUGGCCUCCAUUGCUAUCCAGUACACAGCCAUCCGCACCUUCACGACCAAGUCCUUCCACAGCUGCCCUGUGCCUCCCAACCCAAUGAACUGUAGCCUGAACCAGGAGAUUGAAUCGGGCGACCGGCUGUGUGAUGAAAACCCCACCGUCGCUUACAACACCUCCAAGAAGACACAUGUUCUGAUCUUGGCCACCACCAGAAGUGGAUCCUCUUUCGUCGGGCAGCUCUUCAACCAGCACUUUGAUGUCUUCUAUUUGUUUGAGCCCCUUUACCACGUCCAGUACACCUUGAUCCCGAAGCUGACGCAGACGAAGGGCUCCACGGACCGGCGGAUCAUGCUGGGUGCUGGCCGAGAUUUGCUGAGAAGCCUCUACGACUGUGACCUUUACUUCCUGGAAAAUUACAUCAAGCCCCAGCCUGUGAACCACACGACGGACAGGCUCUUCCGGAGGGGGGCUAGCAAAGCUCUGUGCUCCCCACCAGUUUGUGAGACACUGGCGGCAUCCGCCGACAUACCUCUGGAAGAAGGUGACUGUGUGAAGAAGUGUGGCACUUUGAACCUGACCCUGGCCACCGAAUCAUGUAAGGAUCACGGGCAUGUUGCUAUCAAAACAGUGCGGGUGCCAGAGGUCAAUGACCUCCGAGCCUUGGUGGAGGACCCCAGGCUCAAUUUGAAAAUCAUACAAUUGGUGAGGGACCCCAGGGGCAUCCUGGCUUCCAGGAGUGAGACAUUCCGAGACACUUACAGACUUUGGCGGAUCUGGGAUGGCACAGGCAGGAAGCCCUACAACUUGGACGUGACCCAGCUCACCACCGUCUGUGAGGACUUUUUGAACUCUGUUUCCACCGGGCUGAACCGGCCGCCUUGGCUCAAGGGAAAAUACAUGCUGGUGAGGUAUGAAGACCUGGCCAGGAAUCCCUUAAAAAAGACCGAGGAGAUGUAUGAAUUCCUUGGCAUUCCCAUGGACAGCAACGUGGAACGAUGGAUACAGAACAACACAAGGGGAGAUCGGUCCGCAGCGAAACACAAGUACGGGACUGUCCGGAACUCGGCGGCAACUGCAGAGAAGUGGCGGUUCCGCCUCUCGUUCGAAAUUGUGGCGUUCACGCAGAAUGCAUGCCAGCAAGUGCUGGUACAACUGGGCUACAAACUGGUGUCCUCCGAGGAGGAAUUGAAGAACCUCUCCAUCAGCCUGGUGGAGGAGAGGGACUUCCUGCCCUUCUGGUAA